AUGAAACUGCAGAUUUCCAAUUGCAUCAUGAGUUCGUCUGAUGAGUCAGAUUCACAAGUUCGUGGCUUUGGUGAUGUCUUCAAGUGUCCAAUAUUUUUCCUGAUUGAACUCUGUGUAGAAUUGAGAUUUCAGGUUUCAGAAGAUUCUGAGGAUGGCCACAAAACACUUCGUCCCGAUUUGUACAACUACUUGAUAAGAUACCAAAGAAGAGGAUUCCGUAAAGAGAAUCAGAGUCUUCUUCUUCUUCUGUGGCUAAUGUGACCCUACACGAUGACUCACUGGUGUUCUACUCUUAGGUUGAACAAAAGAAGAUCAUGUCUGAUUUUGAUCAAAAGCAUGUUGUAUUGUAAUGAAUUUCCAGAAUCUUCGAAGUUGUUUUCUGAGACCAAAUGUUCUAGAGACAAGACGUGGUGAAUUUGUUCUGAUGAAUGAAAAGGGUACAUCAUGAACUUUUAGCUUCUAAAGCAAGAGUGAUGUGGAGUUACUUACAUCGGACGAGGCUGGAAAAUUUUCUGUACUGUCAAUGGCCUAAAGUCUGGAGAUUUAUUCACACUUUCAAACUGAUCAAAAGAGGAGGAACUCUGGUUCUAUGUAAGUCUCGCUACAGAACUAGAAGAAGAAGAAUAGUCAAACGCUGAUGAAACAGAGUCUGUUUCCACAAAUUCCAACAGCGAAGAAGAGAGCUACCAAUACGGGAAAAGCUUCAAGAAGCCUAGAUUGUCAUGGAAAGCUUCACCCUCUACCAUACCAGAACGAAUUUGUGACAUAAAUCUUCCGUCUUUAUAACGUCAAACGAUCUUAACGAUUUCUUCUGGCACCUUUCACAUAGACACAUGGAAUUACUGUGGCAUACGAAUCUUCGUUCUGAAGGUAAAAGAAUAAAAUUGGGAAAAGGCUGGAAAGAGUGCUUCAAAGCAACUGUUUGAAAACAUGUGAAUCGAUAUUGCUGAAGCUGAAUUUGGGAAAGAGACACAAGCUGUGUCCUUAAGUUACAUUAUCUUAAGAAUAUAUUGUAGGAUCUAGGAUCAGAGUGAUGUUGUGGUGUGAGAUUUGUGAAUGGUUUAGACUUUAUACCGGUCAAAAUUUCUGGUCAAAAAGUAUCUUUGAUGGUAGUUUUUUCGAUCAUGAACAUCAUUCGAGAUCAAACCGUCGGAUGUGAAACAAGACUUUGAACCGGAACUCCAAACUGUCGUUUCUUAUUUUUAAAAACGACAUGGUCUCUUAUUUUCUGAAACAUCAUCAUUUCUUCUUUUGUUUUCAGAUUCGUAAACGCCAAUUGACCAACAACAACAAAAAUUCACAUGGGUUUUGAUACGAACUUGGGCACACCCGCACACAACAAACAAAAUGAAGCAACGCACUAUAAAUUUCGUUGUUCCAAUUGGAAUAAG